GACCACGGCAGGGUCAGCCACGGGGCUGGUCUUCGCCAUGUACAAUAUCGGCUCUGUCGCUGCUGUCUUCUUCACGGGCCCCGUCAACGACUACUUCGGCCGGCGGUGCGGAAUGUUUGUCGGCGCCCUGAUCGUCGUCAUUGGGACGUGCGUCCAGGCGCCCAGCACCACCAAAGAGCAGUUCCUAGCCGGCCGGUUCGUGCUCGGCUUCGGGGUUAGCUUCGUCGUCGGCCGCCGACCACUCCUCCUCUACACCAUCGUGUUCGCGUCCGUGUGCUUCGCCAUCAUCACGGGCACCAGCAAGCUAGCCACGGACGACCCGACCCAGGUGGCAGCGGCCAACACGACCAUCGCCUUCAUCUUCAUCUUCGGCAUUGUCUUCUCCUUUGGAUGGACGCCACUGCAGAGCAUGUACAUCGCCGAGACCCUGCCCACGGCCACCCGCGCCAAAGGCACUGCCGUGGGCAACUUUGCUUCCUCGGUCGCCUCCACCAUCCUGCAGUAUGCGUCUGGCCCGGCCUUUGAGAAGAUCGGUUACUACUUUUAUCUUGUCUUCGUGUUCUGGGACUUGCUGGAGGGCGUCUUCAUGUACUUUUACUUUCCAGAAACCAAGGAGAACUCUGGAAGAAUUAUCCGAAGUAUUCGAGGCACCGAAUCCCGUCAAGAAGAGUCUGGAGAAGAGGAGCGCGCUCACUGUUCUCAAUACUGUAGAAAGGGGCAGUCGAAACUUAUCCAUCUAUUCAAUUGGGAAGUGGUGUUGCAGGAGGCUAGAAACAAAUGUUCAUCCUAA